AUGCAGAGCCCAAGAACUACGAUGAACACGGUCAGGACCGUCCCUAUUACCGAGCCCACCGUCCCUUUUCCUGAAGUGGACAUGUUAGUUCGGCAAGAGUUUGACAAUGAUUGGAUCACAGUAAGGCAAGGGCCGAACAUAAGAAUCAUGAUGAACAUGGUCGGGAACAUUCGUAUGAUCGAGCCCACCGUCCUUCUUCCCAUUGUGAAUGAAUUCAUUAGGAAACUGGCUAGAAAUCAAUGGAUCACAAUAGCGAAUGGGUCUCUGGACCAGGGGACCAAAGACAUGAUCAGAGACAUGUGUGUGGACAUUGUUGACACAGUAGCCAAAUACAUCUCCAUUGCAAUUGAAAACAGUAAUAGUGAAGAAGGUCCUUCCAAAUCAACAGAGAACAGAAUCUCAAAGAAAGAGGUCCACGCAAUCCUGGGAGACAGCAUUAAUUUCGCCAUUGCAGAUGCAUUGGGCAUCCCAGUGGACAUCCAUAGCAGGACCACAGAGAAGGUGAACUCUAUCGUGGUCGAGGAGGUUACAGAGCGGAUCAACUCCAACAAAGAGCAGCAGGCCACCAAGUCUUUCUGCUACAGACUGAAGGAUAUGGCAAGAAAGAUCAGAAAGAUCAUAGUCACGAACUACAAAUUUGCAUGUGGUUUUGCCCUUAAUGGCCUCUGCUGUCCGACUACUAUUAACAGUCUGCCUUCUACGAACACACAAGUAGAGGAAGAAGACGUAAAGGAAGAAGAGCCAGUUGGGGACCAUUUUCAGACGCCUGUGACACCCUUUGUAGAGGACGAACCUGAAAUGUUCCACACAGAAAGCCUCAAACAUGAAACAUUGAAGGCGGUCAAGUCCAUCCUGUCAAAGCACACAGAUUACCUGGAUGGUACUGACAUUGAAGAUGACCUUUCAGAGGAGGAAUUAUCCAAACAUCUGUCCAUCUCUGACAGGGACACAGACGAAACAGCUUCUGAAAUCGUAAAAAUUGUCUGGGGUGACAACGUUUCACAGGAGCCAGAAGCUUCACCUGUUAAAGAGACCACACCACCCGCCAAAGCAAAGAAAGCAAGACAGAGAAAUAUCAUGAGAAGGAUCAAGAUGUUUCUCACAAAAAGGUUUGCAAAAAAGUCUAUCAUUAAACUUUUCCGCAAACUCACUGGAAAGAUCUCUGUAGAAGAAAGAGAUUCUGUCAUGACGCCACUCAUGACGGGGGUUUCAACUAUUGUGGACGACAUGAUCGAGGAAACGGGGAGAGAGUGCACAAAUGUGAUGUGCUUCUACAGGAGGAUGGCCAGAAACAUCACUGAGGACCAGUUUGAAGAGAAAAAAAACCAACUGGUGGCAUUCGUCUUGUUCCAGCUGAUGAAUCGUGAGAAGAAACAAAAGCUCUUUUCUGCAGGUGUUAUCCGCACUGAGGUGGACCAGUUCAUGAAGAUGAUGUGGAACUGGUUGGUUGCGCAGGCAGAGAAGCACAAUAGAGGGAAAGAUCAAGCCACCGCUGCUCUGAGGCAGAUCGAGGCAGUUGUGUACGAAAAUCAAGCUUUCCCAAAAAUCCAGACGACCAAGAUCUCCCAGUCUGCAGCUACACCAGCUCCUGUUACUGAGGAGACAAAUAUCAGUGAAGAAGCUGAGCUAAGCGGUGGAGCUUGGCUGGAUUACUGGGAUAGACUAAGAUGUGAAAUGCUGGUGGCUGGGCUGGUAAAAAUGCUGAUGGACACCUGGAGGAUAUAUGUCGAAGAAGACCAGGCUAUCUCGGUUUUGACAGAGGCUCUGUGGGCAGAAAUGGAGGGCUCUGAAGUCGAGGUUAAACUGUCCUUUGCCGACAUGAGGAAGAUAGUAAGGAAGGUGCACAAGAAACUGUCCAAGGAGUUAGAUAUCGAGCUCAUCAAGUUCACCGUUGUACAGGAUCCUAAGGUCCUCACCCACAUCAUUGAGGCCUUUAAAGAAGAACUGAGCCCCAAACAAAAGAGUGGAGUCAAAGGCUUCUUCAAGUCUGUGUUCAAACCCUUCACCCGCAUCUUCAAACGUGACUAA